UAAAGAGAGUCACAUCAGGAUUCACAUGAGAGUCCACACAAAGGAGAAGCCAUACAACUUUGAUAUUUGCAAUAAGACAUUCCCAUCCAAAAGUGAUCUAGAAAAGCAUGUUGUCGUACAUACAGAGGGGAAGCCAUACAACUGUGGUAUUUGCAAAAAGGCCUUCCAAUAUGAUUCUAGUUUUUUUAAAUCAUAUGAUAAUGCAUACAGAAGAGAAAUCAUACAGCUAUGAACUAUGCAACAAGGCCAUCUCACAGAAACAUAAUCUGGUGAAAAACAUGAAAGCGCAUACAAAGAAGAAAUCAUAUACCUGUGACACUUGCAGUAAGACAUUUUCUGAGAGAAGUUAUCUUGUAAAGCACAUAAGAGUACAUACAAAAGAGAAGCCAUACAACUGCGAGAUUUGUAACAAAGCAUUCACAUGGAAACGUAGUCUGGUAAGGCACAUCAGAACACACACUAAUAAGCCAUACCGUUGUGAAAUUUGUAACAAACACUUCUCAAGGAAAUCUAAUGUUGCAAUUCAUAUGAGAGUACAUACAAAGGAGAAGCCAUACGAAUGUGAGAUUUGUAACAAAGGUUUUUCAAAGAAAACCCGUCUAGAAAGUCAUAUGACAGUACAUACAAUAGAGAAACCAUACAGCUGUGAGAUUUGCAACAAAGGCUUCUCAUAUAAAUGUAGUCUAAAGAUUCAUAUGAGAAUGCAUAGAAAGGAGACAUACAGCUGUGAAAUUUGCAAUAAGGACUUCUCAUUAAAAAGUCAUCUAGUAAGACACAUAAGAGUUCAUACACAGGAGAUUUGCAAUAAAAACUUCUCAGAUAAAUCUGGCCAAAUAAAACAUAUGGGAGUACAUAUGAAGGAGAAGCCAUACAGCUUCUCCAAAGACUUUUCAUCCACAUGCACUGCUGUCACUGACUAG